AUGUUAGAUCACGUCGAAUUUAUUCAGACACCCAAGGCUCCCGUCCAGCCUAAGGCAUCUGACGCAUGUGGUAUCUUGACCACUGACUCGCCAACUAUCCAUAAUGCUCCAUUGCCAGCUGAUGGUCCUGGAAGUAGACAUUUCAGCAAUUUGGCCAUGUUGGGCUUUUUGGUGUUGAUCCCACUCUUUGUCACUCGCAAGUUGGGCUUAGGCUUCAAAACAUGGUUGUUUUUCUUUGUCUUGUUCGCUCUUCCUAUCAUGAUGGCCUACUGGACGCUCUUGCUGAGCUUCUCGCCUCGUUUGAACGAGAAAGUUAAGCUUCCAGGUAAGCCAAUCUCCUAUUACUUGGAAUUCCACACCGACGAGUUGAAGGCUAAGUAUGAGACCUCCAACAAUGGCCAGGGCUCCAAGAUUCCAAUGGAAACCUUUCACGAGUUGUACUUCGACGGUAAGGUAUCGUUUAAGGGCGACUGUCUCGACGUGUUGGAGAGCAGACAUGACUGGGCUACCUUCCGUUUUACUUUGUCUCUUUUCAGAUUCUUUCUUUUGGGAAUGAUUCCUGAAGUGAUCAUGCACUCUAAGUCUCAAGACGAGGAGCAGGUUAGAGACCACUACGACAGAGGUGACGAUUUCUACACGUGGUUUUUGGGUCCUCGUAUGAUCUAUACCUCCGGCUGUAUCUCCGACAUCACCAAGGAGGAGUCUUUGGAGCAAUUGCAGGACAACAAGUUGAAUGUCGUGGCCGAGAAGAUUCAGUUGAAGAACACCGAUCAUGUUUUGGAUUUGGGUUGUGGUUGGGGUACUUGGGCCACUUUCGGCUCUUCCCAGUUUGGUGCCAAGUUCACCGGUAUUACUUUGGGUAGAAACCAGACUAAGUGGGGUACCGAAUUGUUGUCUAAGUAUGGAGUCGACUCCACCCAGUCCAAGAUUGUGUGCUGCGACUACAGAGAUGCUCCUGAAUCUGCUAAGCCUAACGGAAAGUACGACAAGAUCACCUGUCUUGAAAUGGCCGAGCACGUUGGUAUUAGAAGAUUCGGAGCUUUCUUGGCUCAGGUUUACGAUGCCUUGGACGAUGAUGGUUUGUUCUUCUUGCAAUACGCUGGAUUGAGAAAGAGCUGGCAAUACGAGGAUUUGGUGUGGGGAUUGUUUAUGAACAAGUACAUUUUCCCAGGUGCCGAUGCCUCCACUCCUUUGGCCUUCGUUGUGAGUGCAUUGGAGAGUGCUGGAUUUGAAAUUGUGACCGUGGAUAACAUCGGUGUUUCCUACUCUGCCACCUUGUGGAGAUGGUACAGAAACUGGAUGGGUAACAAGGACAAGGUUGUCAACAAGUAUGGCAUCAAGUGGUUCAGAAUCUGGGAGUACUUCUUGGCUUCUUCCACCAUCACCUCCAGACAGAGUGGAGCUACAUGUUACCAGUUUGUGUUGAGAAAGAACAUCAACUCGUACCACAGAAUCAACUACGUUCCAGCCAUGAAGGGUGUGAUUACUCCAUCUAAGGAGGGCAUCAAGUGGGCCAAGGAGUAG